AUGCCCAAGCUCGUCUCCUACAAGGGCGACCUCGGCCUCAUCGCCUACCCCGACGGCACGGGCUACGUGGUCGCCAAGCUCCAGCCCAUCUUCUGCAGCGACAAGGCCGUUCUCCUGCGCUUCUCUUCGCAGGCCGUGGAGUGGGUCAGCGAGAGAGUCGCCUACCCGCUUUCGGCCCGCCUGCACAACCCCGACGGCGUCAUCUCCUGCUAUGGGAGGCUCUGGUGGAAUCGACCUCUCCUGGAGCCUCGUCACCUGUGA